GUCUGUGGCUGCGGGGACCGUGGCCAGGAACCCCCAGCAACCCCCAGAGCACAGGGAGGGCAACUUAGAGGCCACCGCCAGAACUGAGAGGCCAAGUCCUCUCCCCUGACUCUAGGACAGGAGGCACCUUGCACUGACCCCAGUUUCAGCCUCACCCCUCCAUUCCCAGUGGCAGGGAAGGGUCCAGUAGGCAACACAGACUCAGUGAAGCUGGAACUCGCCCUGGCCCGGGACCAGCUCCCCUCACGCCGAUGUCAGUCCUUCCUUCAGCAGACCCUGGCAGCUCCUUCUUCACAAUAUUUCCAGAAACCACCCUUCCUCUCUCCUUCCUGGUCCCUCCCUGGGCCCGUCCGCUGUGACUCAGAGGCACAGCAGCCACUUCACUGCCCUGCUCCCUGGGCCCCACACAAAGCCAGAGCAGACCCUGUGGGACCCCUGUGUUGGGUCACGCCCCUCCCCUGCCCAGAGCCCUCAUGUUGCUCCAUCUCACUCAGGGGAAAGGACACUUGUCCCCGUGAUCCACAAAGCCCCACCUGAUCUGCCCCCUGCCUUCCACUUCAGCCCACUUCUUGUUGUGCUCUGGUCUGGCCUUUCUAACUCUGCAGAAUUGUUCCUGACUCAGACCCGUGCACUUGGCAGUGCCUCCGCUGGCUACUCUUUCCCUCAAUCUUGUGCGAAUGCCUCCAUUUGAUCACUCAGGCCUUGGCCCAAAUAUCCUCCUCAAAGAGGACUUCCCUGACCAGCCAAAGUAAAUCCCCUAGCACUCGUGAUGCAGGAGUCUGCGGCCAUUUCCUCCUUCCUUAGGCUGUUUGAGUGUUGUGUCUGCUCCACAAGCACAGGGAGCUUGGCCAGUUUGUUCACUGCUGGAGCCCCCAGCUUUGGAAGAGGGCUGGGCAUAUAGUAGGUGCUCAAUAAAAAGCACUGACCUGAAGGUGCUGGGCGCUGUCUAAAUUACCUUACGCACUCCUCACCUCCUGCCAAGCCUCACCUGGAGGAGGGGGGUCACCAGGCCAAUUUCACAAAGGAUGCAACCAAUCCUAGAGAGGUUGGGCGGUUCUCCCAGGGCCACGCAGCUGGUAGUCGUGGAGCAGGGAUUCAGGCAGAGUCCAGCCACCACCUCAGAGGAAGUAGGUUUACAAGGCCCAGGUUUGCAGAUGAGGAAGCGGCCAAAGAAGAGGAAUUGCCUGAGUCUACCUGUUAAGCGGCGCCGCUGGAUUCGAACCCAAGUCAGCCUCCCAGUGCAGCCUUAAGCCCAUCAGACCGUGUCUGCCUGGUGGACACACCCUCCCUCCCUGCUGGCACUAAGGGGCCAUUAUCUGGAGCGGAGCGGGUGCAGGACGUGGGUCCCCAUGAAUAAUUGAGGGUCUUGUGCAGGUGGCCGCCCUGCAGCUGUCACCCUGCCACAGGCAGGGAAGGGGCAGUGGUGACGUCACUUCCUCCCCUGCGGGGCCACAGGCCUGGGUUAUAAGCAGCUGCCCUACCGUCCAGCACAGCACCGAGCACCGAGGUCCGGACGCCCCACCAUGCAACGCCGCGGGCCCACCUCCGUGCUGCUCCCGCUGCCACUGCCCCUGCUGCUGGCGCUGCUGCUGGGGGCAGCCACCGCUGCUCCAUUGGCGCCAAGACCCUCCAAGGAAGAGCUGACCCGCUGUCUGGCAGAGGUGGUCACAGAAGUGCUGACACUGGGCCAGGCCCAGAGAAGCCCCUGCACAGCUCUCCUCCACAAAGAGAUGUGUGAGACAGAGCCCUAUGGCUGUGUGUCCAGCAAAGAGAAAGCACUACUGGUUGAGGAUUUCAAGAAGCAAGAGGCUGGGAAGACGAGGUCCAGCCAGGAGAUGAGGGAUGAGGAAGAGGAGGCCGCAGAAAGGGCCCACAAGUCCGAGGUGCGGGAACAGACCAUCCAUGAGCAGCUUCAGAGCCGGCUCCGCCAGGAAGAGGACAACGAGGAAGAGGAAGAGGAGGAGGAGGAGGAGAAAAGGAAGAAGAGGGGGCACACGGAAUCCUUUGAAGGCCUGUGGAAGCAGCGCCUAGAGGGCAGAGGGGGCCCCCAAAAGCGAGUGGCAGAGCAGGCCAGUGACGAGGAGACAGCCCAGUUUGAGGCAGAAGAGAAGGGCCUGCAGGUGCUAGGCGGGGGCCGCAGUCUGUGGCAGGGGGCUGAGGCGGGUGGAGAGAUGCACGAGGACUCGCCGCACCACCACCACCUCCACCAGCCGGAAGCUGAGCCCAAGCAGGAGAAGGAAGAGGCUUCGGAAAAGGAGGAGCAUGACAUGGAGCGGCUGGAGCAUGUGAGAGACGAGCUCAAGAAGGCAACUGAGAUUCUGGGGGAGGAGAUCAGGAGGGAGGGAUGACCCCCGACUUCAUGGCCUCCUUCCUGGCCCACCCUAUGGCCUAGGACUAUGGACCCCCAAAGUUCACCUACCAGCCCACUCCAUGCCCAUGGGGAGAAGGGUGUGCCAUGCAAGUGGGCUCAAGGGGCCGAGUCUAAGCUGGGGAGAGCGGCUGGCCUCAUGCUGACUCAGGACAUACCCGGCCACCCAUGUAACCCACUCCAACCCUUCUGUGUGGAUAAAGCACAAAGAAAACCA